GGGCAGAGACCGCAGGGCUGGCGUCGGAGUAGGCUCGCGUCCGAACUGCUGACCGGCCGACCGACCGACCAUGGCGCCAGGCGGGACUCGCGGGCCGACGCCGCGCUGGGCACUGCCCCUCGCCGGCGCCGCGCUGGUCCUGCUGCUCAUCCCGGCGGCCGCCGCACAGGAGCCGCUCGGAGCCGGUUGUUCUCAGUACACAAACAGAUCCUGUGAGGAGUGCCUGAAGAAUGUCUCUUGUCUGUGGUGCAACGCUAAUAACGCCUGCUUGGAAUACCCCGUCAGAAAAAUACUGCCCCCUGCCUCUCUCUGCAAGCUGAGCUCUGCACGCUGGGGCGUUUGCUGGGUGAACUUCCAGGCGUUGAUCAUCGCCAUGUCAGUGUUGGGGGGCAUCUUCCUCCUGGGCAUCACUGUUUGCUGCUGCUGCUGCUGCCGCCGGCGGAAGAGGAGUCAGAAACCAGAUAAGGACGACGAGCGCGCCAUGAGAGAGCACGAAGAAAGGAGGGUCCGGCAGGAGGAGAGGAGAGCUGAGAUGAAGUCAAGACAUGAUGAAAUCAGAAAAAAAUAUGGUUUGUUUAAAGAACAAAACCCAUAUGAGAAGUUUUAGGACGACUGCGUAUGUGUCCGAAAGAUUAGGCGGUCCUGGGCCCUCCUGCAGGCUCAUGCUGCCCAGCACAGGUCAGGAGCCCGCUGCACCCUGGGCUAGCCUCCAGCAGAGUCCUGGAAGCUGCCCUGAGAGGACAAUCCUGCUCUUGCCCUGUCGGCUGUGGCCUUCUGUCCCUCCUGCCUCUGUUCUGUAUUUAGCUGCUCAAGACAUUAAUCUCGCUGGGCCCUUGCUCUUUUCCGUUCACUGUCGUCUGCCUGUCUUGGUCUACAAGCUGAUGACCAGGUGAGCAGUCCACAGUCCGAUGUGCCAGCAGUUCUGCUGCAGCAGCAGAGGUCCCGAGGGCCUCUCUCCACCAGCAAGCUUCACACAGUGAUGGGGACAGUCACCUUCACUGUGUCAUGGGCGAACUGAGCAAGCCAUUCUCAUUUCCCAAAAAAAAAUCCAUGGGUGGCACUUCUGUGUGCCCAUCUCUUUGAACCUUGGUGUGUCUUAAUGCAGGUAGCUUUUUGUAGAAAAUAGUGUCCCAUACACAGUUUGAUAAGGAUCUCUUUCCUCACUGCAACUAUGUCGAAUAGCACUAAAGAAGAGUUAAAAUCACCUUAAUUAAAAAUAAUAAUUCUUGGAUGCCAUCACCAAAGUAUUCCCACCCCCAGAUAUUCUUGUAAAAGAUCAGACCCUUAUGAGAUGGUAGUUUUAAAUUUACAUCUAUUAAAGACC